AGCAGAAGCAGACUCAGUAGUCUAAUGAACCUGAUCACUAUCGCCACAUUGAUUCUAACGACGUUGAUAACAACGGCAAACACAAAUCCAGUAUUUGUAGAUAAUCCCAGCUUAGCACAGUUUCAAUCUGGAAGAAAUAUACGGCAUUUACCUUGUAUAGUGAGGAAGUCUGGAAGAUCGGGUGUCUGCAUGUUUGCCAUCGAUUGCAUCAAACAGAAUGGAACUCAUUUGGGUACUUGUAUAGAUCGAUUUUACUUCGGUUCAUGUUGUGACAUUAAGGAUGAAGGCUCUCUUUUCGCUCCUGAAAUUGGAGACAACAGCAUAGACCAAAACACCAUUUCGCAUCAUUUUACUCCAGAAGCAACCACAGUGCCUACGAGUGCUCUCUUCAAACUGACCACCUUGGGGCCGCAUCCAAUCAGCAAUACAACGACGCAGCAACAGACGGACAUGGUGGCACAUACGACGAAUAGUGUCAUCCAGGGUUUAAUACCAUCCACCAACAAACACAACACUCGACGUCCCAUUAUUCAGCAGACAGAGGCUGCCACCACCCUUGCUCCAAGACCGGAAUCAACCACAAAGUCGACAACAGCGAAGCCACCUCCAUCAACAACUCGCAAGCAAUCACAUUUCGUGAUUAGAACAACAGCAAAACCCACAAAGGGACCAACGGGCUCGAAACCAUCGCACAAUACAACUACAAAGAAAAAGAAGAUAACUACAACAACAACUACUUCUACCACCACCACGACUACCACAACUGCACGUCCUAUACUCACCACUACCGCCAGCAACAAAAUUGUCCCCGAUGAAUUGAUUUUUGAAAUGACCACACCACCUACUAAGCUCUUCACAUUCCAAACUGUGGAAACAACGGUAGCAACACCAGCAGAACCAACAAAGAUAAUGGACUUUAUUACCACUGAACGCAUACAGCAGAAAACUACGAAAUCGCCGCUGCCUACUGUCGCCAGUCCUACUGCGGCCAAUGCAACGAAUCCCAUAACCAGUCACAGGCCGCCAACAAAACCAAAGCCCCAAGCCAGUCGCAAACCGAUCACCACCAAGAAACCUGGCCAAACGAAACGGACAACCAUCAAACCCACCAUUAUUCAAAACGAUCAAGAGAAGCCUGCUACUCAUAACACCACAUCCACCGCCAACCCCACUACAUUACCAACAACAGCAACCUCAACUUCACCUGUUGGAAAUGCAACGAUAACAAAAUAUCCCGGAAGCUAUAGGCCUAAGCCAAAGCCCACUGCAACGGUGACCAAGGUACCCAAGCCAACAAUGAGCUCCGUCAAGCCAAGACCAAAACCAACAAUGGCAACUCCCGAGGAGAUAACCACAACAGAAGCGAGCAAACGCAAUCCACCAACGCCCUCGCCAACAACUACCACUACAAGCACCACCACCACAACAUCGCACGGCACAAGAAGACCACCGACAACAACGACAUCCAAAACAACCACCGUGAAAACGGAAAGCAUAACAGAAGCUCCAGUAGUUGCAUCAACCACUUUGAAACCCGGAUUAGUGACCUGGACCAACAUUGAUGCCGAACCUGCGGGACCAAACAAAGCUUCCGACUGGAUUCCAGUAACAACAGCACACCCUACAAUCGCAAAUAAAACAGAAGGUCCUACUAGUGAACCGGCAGAAUAUGAAGAAAUAGGUGUUUCCGUAUCCACCAGCAUAAGUGCUGUGGUGAAUAACAAUACCAUCUUUGUUUCACCGCCCCAACGGCCAAUUGUUUUCCAAACAAUGACCACCUCAACACAAAAGCCCCAUACAACGACAACGAAAACCACCACAACAGCAAGGCCUACAACCACGACAACUGAAACAACAUUUACAACGAGCACAACACCCAAACCAACUACCACCACGACAUCAACGACCUUUAAGCCCACAACAAUUCCAACUACGUUUAUGACGUCUUCAACAACAACGCCCCCACCAGAGCCACAAACAACACCCACAACAUAUCACCCAACAAAAAUGACCACCACCACCACAACCACAUCUACUUUCCAUUCUACCACACUAACCACUGCUGGCCCCAUCACUGAAGAGCAUUCGCAUUCAUCUUCAACGGCACCGGAAGUUUCAAGCUCCGAAGGGGGAGUUGAAGAGAUGUUUACAACUGAGGGCCCGAGUGUGAAUAACACCACUCCCGCCAAUAGCUUGGAAGGUGUGGACUAUAGACAAGUGUGUGGUCGCAGAAUGUUCCCUGAACCCCGCAUUGUUGGUGGUUCAAAUGCCGCCUUUGGUCGGUGGCCCUGGCAAAUCUCUCUAAGGCAGUGGCGAACCUCGACUUAUUUGCAUAAAUGUGGAGCAGCAUUGCUUAACGAAAAUUGGGCCAUUACAGCAGCACAUUGUGUGGAUAAUGUUCCGCCAUCGGAUCUCUUAUUGCGAUUGGGAGAAUAUGAUCUGGCCGAGGAAGAGGAACCCUAUGGUUACCAGGAAAGGCGUGUGCAAAUUGUUGCCUCUCAUCCACAGUUCGAUCCUAGAACUUUUGAAUAUGAUUUGGCCCUAUUGAGAUUCUAUGAACCGGUAGCGUUCCAACCCAAUAUUAUACCUGUUUGUGUUCCCGAAAACGAUGAGGACUUUAUUGGACAAACAGCCUUUGUAACGGGUUGGGGUCGUCUCUAUGAGGAUGGCCCCUUGCCCAGUGUUUUACAAGAAGUUGCAGUACCUGUGAUCAACAACACCAUAUGCGAAUCCAUGUACAGAUCUGCUGGAUAUAUUGAGCAUAUACCACACAUAUUUAUCUGUGCAGGCUGGAAAAAGGGAGGCUAUGAUUCAUGUGAAGGUGAUUCGGGUGGUCCCAUGGUUCUGCAGCGUGAAUCCGAUAAACGUUUCCAACUGGGCGGUGUUAUAUCGUGGGGCAUUGGCUGUGCCGAAGCCAACCAGCCUGGAGUUUACACUCGAAUCUCCGAGUUCAGAGACUGGAUAAAUCAAAUUUUACAAUUUUAGGCUUAGCACGAAAAAACCAAGCGUCCACCCAAGACGUAUGUCUGUAGCAAAUAAUUAUUUGUAUUUAUACAUAUAUAUUUAUGUGUAGUUAGUCGAUAUAUUUGUAACUGUAUGUAAAUCAACGAUUAUUUUUAAACGAAAAAAAUUAGCAUUUAGUUAGCAUUUACUAUUAUUUAAUGUUUUAAUUAUCGUUAUAACUUAUCCAUGAUUCAUUACUGUAAUUUUUCUAAUUCUUUUUUAAUAUUUAUUGUUGUACUCUGCCCCUCAAUUGAUCAGGGCUUUAACAUAGCUUCGUUUUAAACUAGAAGUGAUUACUUUGAUGUGAUUUUAUAUUCAAUUGCAUAGUGGCGAUGCGAAAAUGGAAAUGAUGAUGAUGAUGUUGAUGGCAAUACAAUGGCGAGUUCCGGUUGAAGUCAUCUUGUUCAUUGGUUAUAUUCUCCAAAACGGACAGUAUUCAGAGGAAGACUUAAAGUCUGAAAUUGCAGGCAAUCAACGAAUGUAACCCUUGGAACGACUGAUUUCGUCGAUAUUUUAUUGUUAGUCUAAAUCAAGAUUUUUGUUAUGCUUUCGUAAGAUUUUAUUCCAAAAAUGUACAAAACUCUUAGACAACGAUUUUUUGCAUUGUGGAUGAUGAGAAAAAAGAAAUUCAAGUUGCUAGAUUGGGCCACUCAAGGCAUUCCCAAUUCCAACUUCGGAACAAAUGAUCAGGCCUUAGUUAAGAGGAGACUCGUCAAAGUCCACAAAGAAAUGUAAGAAAAUUUUAAUCAGACCAGAUGAUUGGCAUCAUCGAAAUAAAAAAUAAAAAUUGUAAAUAGAAAUAGACAGCUUAGAAACAAAAGAACAAAAUAUGACUUCUCUUCUCAACCCAUGACACAAAGGUGAGAGGAGAGGGCAU